ACCUACCUACCUACCUGAUUCUUUCGUUCUCAGCCUUCCCUUUAUGUGCACAAACACACAAUCCAAUCAUUCUGUCACACACACAGAGAGAAAGAGAGAAAGAGAGGGAGAUAGAAAGGUAGAAAGAGCGUUAGCGUAUGAGAGAGAGAGAGAGAGAGAGAGAGAGAAACUAAGAUAAAGAGAGACAGAUGGAGGGAGGGGACGAGAGAACGAGAGUUAAAAUUUAGGCAUUACCUCUAUUUGUGUCUCCGCCCAUAAGUUUGUUGAAACCUUCAUUUCAUUUGUCAUUUUUCUGUCUCCUCACACGAAACGUAUACGAGUAUAUACGUACGUCGGGAGACGAUAGACAACUGUUAAGCUGGGGAUGAAGAAAAUUCAUUAAGGAAUGCGCUACAUUGCAUAUCGAAUCAUAGAAUAACAGCUGUUCUGUAACUUCAGCAAUUUAGCGAUCGUCUUUUCGACUCUCAUUCUACAAGUAUCAAUAUAAAAACUUUGAAUAAGGAAUACCUGAUUGUGAAUGAGACAAAGGAGCAAAAGAAAAAAGAAAAAAAAACCCAAACGGAAGAAGAAUACUAAUAACAUUUAAUAUUUGUUAAUACAGGUGCACAAUUUUAUGAACGACGUGUAUAAUAUAUUACGUACAGGUGCUUAAAUUAUCGAUAUCCUAGAAAAAUGGAAAUCGAGUGUAGUGCAAGAUCGAUCACGCGGGAUCUGAACUUAAAAUAUAAAAGGGCCAUAAGUAAUAUAACGGGAAAGCACUUCGUUUGAUGCUCUCUGUGAUGCCACAUGUUGAUAUCUACAGUGCAGAAUAAUAAUAAUAUUAAUAAUGACCAUGGUCACGAUGGUCGUUACGAUUAUAAUGAUGACGAUGAUUGCAAACAACAACAACAACGUUAACAGUAUUAUUGUUAAUAAUAAUGGCUUAAUCAUUUCAGUUUCUAAUUCAUUUUGGUCUUCAAAAACUUUGUUAGACUCAUCAGAAACAGAAAAUAGGAACAGAAUGAAGUGAAAAACAAAAGGGAGAAAAUAGUAGGAAAAAAGAGAGAGCGAGAGAGAGAGGAGAGAGUGAAGACAGUAAGUGACGAAGAUGGGGUCAGAACUAACCAGGAUAGAAAUUAUUGGGGGGACAUGUUUCUAGACGAAGUAAAAAAAAAUACUUUCGAUAAAAGAGAAAUAAGCAUAGAAAUUUUCAAACUUUAGUGGGGGGAAAGAUAACGAAAAGAAAAAUACUAUUUAAAAAAAAAAGACUGGCUUGUCAUUCGGGCUCGCUCUUCUCUUUAAAACAAGUACAAGUUAAACAUUUAUAUAUAUAUAUAUAUAUAUAUAUAUAUAUAUCAUUAUAUAUCAGGAGAAAGAGGACAGAGCAAAAGUCUGCGUAAGGGCAUUUUGAUAAAAUUUAUUAAUUUAUUUAUAUAUAUUAUUAAUUUAUUUAUAUAUAUAUAUUAUAUAUAAAUUUGAGUUUGUAACGAGCACAACUCUUUGGAUAUUACCAAACUGUAAAGGAUUUAUUUAUACAAUGAGGACCUAAAAUUUACUAUGGAUGAUACCACAGCACCAAUUGAGUUUGCAUAUUUAGUUGAUAACCCCGACUAUCUUAAUAAAUUUGUAUUAGGGUUAGCGGACAAAGAUGUGGUGAAAAAGACAAAAAUAUUGAACAUACUUUCAGCAGCAUGCGUUUAUUCAACACCGUUACAUGACCGAGUGUUAGAGUCACUUGAGUAUUUCAAAAAUGAAAAGAAAUUGCGAUAUCGCUUCGCUGCAAUUGUUGACGAAUUGCGAAAUUCCAGUGACGCUGUAUAUAGCAGAGCACUUCUUUCUUUCGUCAACUGCAUUAUCAUCUACAAAAAAGAAGAUCUAGAACGAGUUAGAAUCAGAAAUGAAUUCAUCGGUAGGUGCCACUUUAUUACUAUUAUUAUUAUUAUCAUUAUUAUUAUAGCAUCGAGCGGCAAAACCGUUAACACAGCGGUCAUAAAGCUUAGCCGCAUUUCUUAUCAUUUCAUAUAUUUAACUAAUAAAAAAUUAAGAGAGGACACGAAAGCAGAUAAGGAGGUGUUGGUACAAAUUGAGCUGUUUUUAGAAAAUUUAGCGAAGGAUGAUGAACUGUUGCCAGGAACCAAACAGGUGGAUCUUAACAGUGCCUUGGAUAUUUUCUAUGCUAUCUAUAAACAGGUACGUUGUUUUCUAAAUUAUAUGUAUGUAUACACACACACACACACACACACACACACACACACACACAUAUUUAUAUAUAAUGAACUAACUCGAUAUAUCCCUCCAUUUGCUCCUGGAAGCGCAUUUGCGACGACAGGUAUACCAUGUCCUCCUCCAGCACCUCCCCCUCCCCCUGGGAAGAUUCCGUUUCCACCAAAAAUUGGCGGUGGCGGAUCAGUCCCUCAACCACCAAGAACACUCGGAAUUAACAUGAACCAUGCAAACACGUUGCCGCAACUAAAUGUGCCUAAGCCAAAAAACAAAUUAAAACCUCUACAAUGGCAGAAAAUUCCAGCAAAUAAAGUGAUGAAAGGUCUCAACUUGUGGGCUCAAGCGGCCAAGCUUUUCAACGGGGUUAAGGUUGAUUACGAAGUUAUAGAUGAACUGUUUUGUGUAGAACAAGUCCAUCCCGACAAUGAUAAGACGCAUGGUAAAGGCUCAAGAAAUGGAAAAGCAUCCAAAACUGUUAAGAAAGAAAGCACAGAGAUAAAUCUAAUUGAGAGCAGACGAAGUUUAAAUGUAAAUAUCUUCUUAAAGCAAUUUAAAAUGUCUCUCGAUGAAUUUUUUCUACACUUACACAAUGGAUCUUGUGAGAAGUUCAGUACUGAACAGUUAAAGUCCUUACUGAAGAUUCUUCCUAAUACUGUCGAGAUUGAAAUGUUAAAAAGUUAUGAAGGGGACAAAACGAAGCUUGGAAACGCCGAACAAUUUUUCCUGCGACUGAUCGAAUUACCGAAUUACCGAGUUCGAAUAGAAGGAAUUUUAAUACGUCAAGAAUUUGGUAGCGAGAUGGAAUGUGUGAAACCAUCUUUACACUCAAUUAUAAGAACAGCUACUGAUAUGAAAGAAAAUCAUGAACUUCGUGAACUUCUUUACAUGGUUUUAGUAGCUGGAAAUUAUCUGAAUUCGGGUAAUUAUGCAGGAAAUGCAGCAGGUUUCAAAAUGAACUCCCUCUUAAAAGUUACAGAAAUUAGGGCCAACAAACCAAGAAUGACUUUAAUGCAUUAUGUUGUAAUGCAAGCUGAAAAACGAAAUCCACGAUUACUCUUGUUCCCGCAUCAAAUGAAAUCCUUAAACGAAGCAGCAAAAUCGUCAAUACAGUCCUUAACGGCUGACAUUUCAAAUCUAGGAAAGAAAAUUCAAAAUAUUACUACACAAGCAGAAACUAUGGAUGAAGAUUUCAAAUUUCAAAUGGCAGAUUUUUUACAGUGGGCAAAUGGCGAAAUGAAAAGUCUUCAGGUUGAUCUUAAUAUUAUCAAUGAACUGCAGAAAGAGUUAGCAGAUUUCUUCUGUGAAGAUGUAGCAACAUUUAAGUUAGACGAGUGUUUCAAUACACUGAGAACGUUCUGCGAGAAGUUUCUGAAAGCAAUACAGGAAAAUAAACAGUGGAGCCUUAGCGCAGAACAAUCAGAGAUGCGCAAAAAGCAAAAUGAACUGAAGAGAGAUGAAGAAAUGCUCUUGCAAAAGGAAAAGGGUUCUAUUGUUGAUAUGCUGCUUGCUGAUGUCCGCAGCGGUUUUGGUAGCCACAAUUUCAUCAGUGAUAAUUCGUCUGUUCGAACAUCUGACAGUAUAAGUGAAAUAACUUCUUACAUGUCCAGCGACAGUGAAACUACCCAAAAUAGUGAUAGUAAUCAAUCGGAAUUUAUGAAUGGAGAUAGCAACUUGACAGAUGAACCUGCGUCUGAUUUUAUCCGUCUAGGGUUCGGAAGAAAAAGUAUGCGCAAAUCAAAGCACAAAAACAAUUUUCGCUCUAACAGUUCUGACAGCUUAUGUACAAGUCAAGGAAGCAGACAAGCAUCAAGUGAGAACAAUACUGAUACAGAAAGUCUUGGCAGCAGUCAAGAUGACAGAGCAAGUUUUCGCCGAAUGAGGUACUCAAAGGGAAAUGACGACGAAUUGUUUGAGUAUUUGGGCAAUGGAUCAGAUCAAAUAGCAUUCAGGAGAAGUUAUCAUGGUCAUCCAAGAAAUCAAAAGCGUUUGGUUAGGAGAAACACAAGUAUUACUUUUGAACGCGAAAGAGGGCCGUCUCCAACUAUGUUCGACGACUCUAUCGACUCCAUGAGAUUUCUCUUGAAUAAAGAUAAAGUACCUCUUGUAGACGGAAGAGCCAAAUCAGACACUUUAACCACCGCCAAACCAAUAAAAGAGUCACUUCGAAAAUCGGCGAGCGCUCUAGAAAAGAGAGAUAUAGAUCGGGCAGUGAAAAAAAGGGAAGCACUUGUUGUGGCAAAAGAACAACGGUAUGACAGAAAUUGUCUUAAAAGAACACCCAGUUUAUCUACCUCCUAUAAACAUUACAGUAAAGAUUAUUAUCAUGGUGAUGAAAAUUCUCAACCUUCCUCGCCAACACAGGUAUUAGGGCUCAGAAGCCCUACGAGAGUAGAAAGAUCAAAUUUACUAAAAUCGGCUGGAGAUGGAGAGGAUUCGUGUAAAAUGAACACGAAACAAGUCGGCAACAGUGUGAUAAACCUGGAUAAAACAAACAGUGGCGUAAAACCGAAAUCUCCGUAUGUACUUACAAGGGAUGAACUUUUGGAGUCAGGUAGUUCAUUGGAAAAACCUGUUGACUCCAAUAUGGUAACUCCAGAACAUUAUUCAUCAGAUAGAAAUCGCGUUUCUGUAUCUGUUAGAUCACAACUUAGUCGGCAAUGGCAAACGAACUUAGAUCCUGAAAACAUGGACUCUAUGCUGAAGAAGAUGGACAGAAUCAACAGUGAGAAAAAUGAAACUGAAACACAUCUAUCUCCGGAAGAAAAAAGCGAAGCGAAAAGAAAAUUAACUUCGUCAGACUCACCUAAUGACAAAGACAAUAGGUUACGUCGUGAUAGACGUAAGAUAAGACGGAAAUUAUCAACAGAUGAAAUCGAAGAUGCUUUGCAAACUCACAAUCAACCAGUUACAUCAACUGCACACAGUGUGUCCGGAGAAAACUAUCUUGAAAAUAAUUCGGAAGUAAAAACACCACGGUCUCGAUCUGGAAGUGACAGCACUGGAGAGAGCGAAAGAGUUAAAACUCGCAAAGAAGAAAGAUCACAAAAGCUAACAGGUAAAAGAAGGUUUCUCGCAGAGCGAUUCGGAGACAAAGAACAUACUUCGACUGGGCGCUGUCGUAGUAACGUAGAAAAGGAGUCUGUCGAUCGUGCUCUUCAAAAUUUAAUGCCUCAAGGAUCAAUGAAUAGAUCAAAAUCCUUUGAAUCUGUAGCACGAAAAAAUAACAAUAAAUCUAAUAUGAAAAAGGGGCCAAAUAGUGGAAGUACACCAGACACAUCUCAGGAGAAGAAUAAUUUAAGAGGCAAUUGCAUGGGUCAUUUCCCAUAUAAAGGAAAUGAUGACAGCGAGAAUGAAACGCCUGUCGAAAAUGUUCGGCAUUCAUCAAAGAACUCUAGUCGCUUAUCGGUGAAAUCGACUUCAACCGAAACUUUGCAGGCAGAGAAUUAUAGUGACAAUGAGUCAAAUAACUUAUUUGAACACAAAAUAAAACCCAAUGCGGAAAAUGAUGAAACAAAUGAUAAACGAAGAGGAACAGAAGAAAAAAAAUUAACAGAAGAAAUCAAUGAUAAUCCGAGUUUGAAUUAUUCGGUGAACAACUCUACUGCUACAGUGGAAAGAAGACCUCACCGCGUUCAUAGUUUGAUUGAAAAUUCGUCAUAUCUAAUAGACCAGAACACUUCUCCUAUUACCUCAUGUGAAGACGAAGUAAACCCAACCCUUAUCUUGGCGAAAUGGCGUUUUAAGAGACAGGAAAAACGUAGGAGUCAGAGUAGCUGCAUAAGUGAAACAGAGAAACUGAAGAAUACAGAUAGUAGUAAUAAACUAGAGCAUGGAGUUUUGAUGUCAAAUUCUGAGUGUGGAUUUAAAAACGAAUCCAGUUGUAGAAACAGUGUAGCCUCUGCUUCUGACAAAGAUGAAGGGUUUGAAACUAUGAGCGAGACCAUAAGCCAGAGGACUUCAGUUAGUAGUAAUUUGGACUUGGAAUCUAGCUACGGUACUUCAAUCAAUUAUAGGAAAUCAGAAAGUAAUAAACAUCGAACAGAACCUGAUUUCAUUAAACAUGGGACUGAACUUGAUAGUACUCGACAUAACCUUAAAUCUGGAAUUAUAACUGUUAAUAGGGUGGCAACAGAUGUUUCCGAAUCAGAUGUUCGCAAACAACGGACAGAAUCUUGGACAGAAUCAACUGUUCGUGUGAAUGCUUCAACUUUGAAUGAAAACCUAUUCAUAGACAGAAAGGCUAACUUUUCAACACCUUUAUUGAAGAAAGGUGGAGAUUAUUCGAAAGAUAAUCAUUGGAAUGAUACAAUGGAGAACAAAACAAAACCACCUUUAGUGAGGCAGUUGUCAGUAUCUACAAACACACCCGAUAAAACUGUUUCUGACACAGCUGAUAAGGACUCUAUUAAAAUGCUUGAUAGUAGCAAUGUAUCACCUAAGACAACACCAAAGACCGCUAGUAUUCCAAGUUACAUGAAGAAAACAUCUAGCAGUAAAAAGAAAGUAAUAAAGGAAUCUCUAGAGCUUCAACCAACAAUCAAACGUUCUAGUUUUUCUCGCAGUUCACAUCGUUCGGGGAAACAUGUUCCAGUCAGCUCACAAUUAAACAAGUCUGGUUCAACAGAAAGUGUGUCAUCGUCGCCUCAAAACGAAAGAAUUAACCAAACUUUUCUUAGACGGUCAAUUGCUGGAACAACUGCAAAAUCAACUGCAUCUCUUACGUCAUCGAAACUCGGGUUUUCCUCAAAUGUUACAAAAUUGCAACCCAUUUCUUCACCUCGAGCAACCAACUCUCUCAACAGCAAACUCCCUUCGGCCGAAUCAAAAAUAACAAGAUCUACUUCUUUUAACAGAAGUCAUACAUCAAGUUUCAUGUCACCUACCGCAUCAUCAAGAGCUAAAAAAGAUCCCAAACAAUCUACUGCGAAUACUCAAGAAAGUAUAAAUAGCAGUAGCUUAUCUAGUACACCUGCAUCAAGUACAAAAUCAAGCUCGGGUAGUGUCAAACCUUCGCUUGCUAAAUCAUCUAGUUUGCCGAAAAGGAAAACAGAUUCAAGUAGCUCAAGUUGUAAUACAAAGCUGCUUCAUUCCUCGUUAAAAACAAAUACCCCGUCUCCUUUCUCGAGAACAAAUAGUAUACGGCGUUCUAUGGGGAUGCCUCGGACGCCAUCCGAGAAGACUACCAAUCAAAAAGUGAAAAAUAGCUCUGCAUACGAAGAAAAUAAACACACUGAUGUUAAAAAUAAUAAUAGUAACAUCACUACCAAUAACAAAAAGAGACUCAGCAGUACUUCCAUGGAUAAGGCAUCAAACGUAAACGGUUCUCACAAAUCCCGAAUGCCAGUCAAAUCUGUAGAUUCAACGGUUAUAAGUGAGAAAACUGUCAAAGAGCGCAAGCCCCAGAAGACAUCAGAUCAAAGUUCGCCCGGAAAAAAAUUAUCGAUAAGUGAUAGAGAAAUAGAUAAUGGCGGAUUUACAAUAAGCGACAGAUUUAAAAAGAAAUUUUCCAAAUCAAAAGACAAGAGUUACAGGCGAGUCAUUAGUAACAUAACAACUUGAUUAGCGAUUCUUGAGAAAGCUGCAAAAUGCAUUAAAAAAAUAUAUUCUUAAAGUAUGUGCGUACAUAAGUUUAUAGCUCGUACAAGAUUUGAUCAUUCGAGUGCCUUUUGUAUACAGAAUCGAACACAACUAAAUUAUUUUUAUACCUCAAAUACUAUUAAACUGUUGCAGUUUUCUUUAAAAUAUUAAUGAAUUUUAAAACGAGGAAUAUACUUAAGUAUUCUUCGAUAUUGCAUCAUACACACAGUGAUAAAAACUUACAUGCGAAUAUUCGUGACGUCUAGAAAAAAAAUUUACUGUUUAUCAUACCAGUUUUUGGUUUUGUUCUCAAGUCGAGUGUCAUGUAUAAUGGUUAUUAUCACAUCAUUUAAAUAUCAUAUUUUAAACAAAUAUCUACGGCAUCACCAAGUGCACCUCUGUUACUAUUGUUAUUGUCGUAAUUGCAAUUUUAAGCGGACAGUGAAAUGACAAGAUAACCGAAUCAAAUAUGCAAAUAUAUUUGCUCUUAUAGUUGUAGCUGCAGUUAUAUAAACAAGAAAUAUCAGAAGGAAACAAGACAAAGUAGGAUGGGGCGGGGUUAUUUCGAAAAGUUUCGAGGUUUGAAAAUUCCUGCUAAUUAUGAAAACCAUGAUUAAAGGACGAAAUUAAAAUUAUGGUCAUUUAAAGAAAUUCCACGCGCUUUCAACGUGAGUGGACUCCAUAAAUGAGUUGACAUAUUCGACGAGGUGGCUAUCUGUUCUGUUCAGAAAAUAGAGCCUGAUAUCUCUGGGAUAUGGGAAUAAGCUUGCCACAAGUUUAAAAACACACGCACACGCACACGCACGCACACGCACACGCACACACGCACGCACGCAAACACGCACAAAUUUGUAGUGUAAUAUACGGAUUGAUAUAAUCAUGUGGCUUUUACGAAAAGCUCCUCUAACGGACCCGGCUAGCAAGAUAAAAUAUAAACGUUUACGGUUAUAUUUUAAUUAACUACGAAGGGCAGUCUUCGAAAAUACAAGCGUUACAAGCAUGGCCGCAGUCAAAUGACUGAAACGAGUGGUGGAAAAGGAAAAGCGAAAUUAAUCGGUUUUAUGAUUUUCUUUAUAAUAAAAACGGAUCUUUUUUAAAACGGGGGCCACAUUUUUCAUUAAUGUUUUACGUAGUGUUUUUGGUACCGAAAGACUUUCAAACUUCGUAUACUUAUCUAUUUUGUGUUAUAGAACAGAAAAAUGUUUUUGUAUUCGAAUUUAUUUCAUGUAAAAAAUUGUCUUAUUUCGAUAAUUUCAACCAAUCACUGACGUCCACUCAGCCGAUAUACAUUAAGUGCCGACUACAUAAACAAACGAUUCUUCGUUUUAUUUGCUUUUUUUCAUUUUAAAUUUGCUUUAACCCUAACCCUAAGCCUAAGCCUAACCCUAACCCUAACUCUAACCCUAGGGUUAGGGUUAGAGUUAGGGUUAGGGUUAGGGUUAAUUGUUUCAGAAUCGUUUGUUUAUGUAGUCGGCACUUAAUGUAUAUCGGCUGAAUGGACGUCAGUGAUUGGUUGAAAUUACAGAAAUACGACAACUUUAACAUGGAAUAAUUUAUGGAUUUCUUUUUUUUUUAAGAAGACUAAGAGAAAAAGAUGUUUUAUAUGACACAUUCUACCAGUGUUCCAAGUUUCAAAGUGUUUCGUUAAUGAAAAAUGUGACCCCCGUUUUAAAAAAGAUCCAUAAAAACUGUUUAUUCCAAACUGCAUACAAAGUUAUGUAAUACGUACAAUAUAUGCAACAUGUGCAAAAUUAUUAUUGUUCAUUUACAUCUCCAGAUAUCCUGUGUUGAAACACAAUCAACUUAUGAGGAUGAACUGGAAAUUUUGUAGGCUAUGAUGACAGAGCUGUGAAAUCUUGCGUGCAUUAAUGUUAACCUUUCCUUUUAAUAAACAUUGUUUCUUUUAUGGUAAA